AUGAUUUUCGGACCAAAGGACAUGUCAACGACUCGCCAUGGAGGAGAUAAAGUCGGAAAGACGAAUGAGGCAUCAUUAACUGCUGAUCUGAGUGAUGCCACACUCAUCACUCGUGGGGAGAAAGUUCCAUCACGUUACAUUAUAGGCGUUGGAUUUAUCGUACAUCCAACUGUCGUCCAUCUUGUCGAGGAUUCUAUCACUUCCUUGGCUAUCUUUUCUUCAUCCUCUCCAUCACAAAAUCACCAAUCAUCAACUGUUAAUCUCCAACGUCAGCAGCUGAUGACUCGGAACUAG